UGGUUCCAGAAGAAGGUGCAGGGUGCCUGUCAUCAUCCUCCUCCUCGUCCCUGGGACUUGUCUUUUGUUUGCCCUCUGGAGGGGGAGGUGGGCUGGCUCCCGGCCCUAGGAGAGGCCCCUGGCUGGAGCUUGCAGGAUGAGGCUGGCAUUGUGAUCAAGGAUUCGCUGCUUCCAGUACAGGGGGAGCCACCGAGCCCUGCACAACAAAAAGGACACAUCCCCCACCCCAUCUGACUAGAGCCAUCAGCACAAUACACAGGAGCUGAGGAGCCUUGCACCGGGGAGCCCCUCAUUUACUGGAGAGUUGGGGGCUCUGAAGCAGCCAGGAUGUCUUAUCAAGGAAAGAAGAACAUCCCUAGGAUUACUAGCGACCGGCUUCUAGUCAAAGGAGGAAAGAUUGUAAAUGACGACCAGUCGUUCUGUGCGGACAUAUACAUCGAAGAUGGCCUAAUAAAGCAAAUUGGAGAAAAUCUGAUUGUCCCCGGUGGAGUGAAGACCAUUGACGCUCAUGGCUUGCUGGUUAUACCGGGAGGAAUAGAUGUUAACACUAGACUACAGAUGCCCAUAAUGGGAAUGACAAGUGCUGAUGACUUCUUCCAAGGAACUAAAGCAGCGCUGUCAGGAGGCACUACAAUGAUAAUCGACCAUGUCUUUCCUGAAGCUGGAAUGAACUUAGUGUCUGCUUAUGAGCAAUGGAGAGAAUGGGCUGAUGGGAAAGUGUGCUGUGACUACUCUCUACAUAUGGACAUCACACACUGGCAUGAGAGUCUUAAAGAGGAGAUGGAGGCGUUAGUAAAGGACAAGGGUGUGAAUUCCUUUCUUGUCUUCAUGGCGUACAAGGAUAAAUACCAGUGCACCGAUGCCCAGAUGUAUGAGAUCUUCAGCAUUAUUCGUGAUCUAGGAGCCAUAGCACAGGUUCACGCGGAGAAUGGCGACAUUAUUGAAGAGGAACAAAAGCGACUGCUGGAACUUGGCAUCACUGGACCUGAAGGCCAUGUCCUCAGCCACCCGGAGGAGGUUGAGGCGGAGGCAGCUUACCGUGCAAUAACCAUCGCGAAGCAAGCCAACUGCCCCCUGUACAUCACCAAAGUCAUGAGCAGAGGGGCCGCGGAUGUGAUCGCUCAAGCAAAGCGGAAAGGCACAGUGGUGUAUGGGGAGACAAUAACAGCUGGUAUGGGCACCGAUGGCUCCCACUACUGGAGCAAAAACUGGGCAAAAGCUGCAGCUUUCGUUACUUCACCACCUAUCAAUCCUGACCCUACAACUCCCGAGUAUCUCAGCUCUUUACUAUCCUGUUCAGACCUUCAGGUAACUGGCAGCGCCCACUGCACCUUCACCACAGCACAGAAAGCUGUCGGGAAAGAUAACUUCACAUUAAUACCUGAGGGGACAAAUGGAGUAGAAGAAAGAAUGUCCAUUAUAUGGGAGAAAUGUGUGAAUCCGGGUAAAAUGGAUGAGAAUGAAUUUGUUGCCGUCACCAGCACGAACGCAGCCAAGAUUUUUAACUUGUAUCCUCGGAAGGGAAGGAUUGCCACCGGCUCAGACGCUGACCUAGUUAUCUGGAAUCCCAAAACUGUAAAAAUCAUUUCAGCCAAGACCCAUAACCUGGCAGUGGAGCUGAAUAUAUUUGAGGGCCUGGAGUGUCAUGGAGCCCCAGAACUGGUCAUCAGUCAGGGACGAAUCAUACUAGAGAACGAAACUCUCCAUGUGAGCCAAGGAUCCGGACGCUUCAUUCCUAGGAAAACCUUCCCUGACUUUGUAUACAAAAGAAUUAAGGCCAGGACCAGGAUGGCAGAGGCCAGAGGUGUCCCAAGGGGUUUGUAUGAUGGACCUGUACAUGACGUCACAAUAACUGCAAUAACAGCUGCACCAACGUCAAACUCAAGGACAGCAGCCUGCCCAGGAAAGGUCCAGAUGCCAGUCCGAAACUUGCAUCAGUCCGGGUUCAGUUUGUCAGGAUCUCAAGCAGAUGAUCAUUUACCAAGACGCACAACACAAAAAAUUGUAGCACCCCCUGGUGGUCGUUCUAAUAUAACCUCACUUUCAUAGAGAUCACAGAAUUCGGCAUGAUCAUUUUGUGAAAAAGAAAAAAAAAAUCUGAAUAUCUUCAAACACAGUUCCCUCCUGUUGGUCAUCCGCACUUGUGUAUGAAGUCUACUUGAGGAGUAAUUUAAUACUAUAGAUGGCGCUACACACUGUAUUGUUAUGAUACCGGACCGAUUCUUUAUUUCAGGGGAAAAAAUUGUUAAUAAAAUAGACAUUUCAAGAGAGCUGACAGGUCCUCUUUAAAACGUCCCUGUUUAAAGAAAAAAAAAAAGUUUAGAUCGGUCAGGGUCUCAGUGCUGAGACCCCCACUGAACAGUAAAAUGAGCAGUAAGAAGCGCGUGGUAGCAAACUCCCUGGUUCACAGCAACACCCAUCCACCUUCUGUAGUCCAGAGAAGCUGGGGGCCAAGGAGUGAAGCACAUGACCGUACACUUCUCCUUGCUCGUUCUACGCUCUACUGAUCGGCGAGGGUCUCGACACUAAGACCUCAACUGAUCAAAACUUUUAACAUGUUUCUGUGACAUAUCAGAAGUUAUUUUGAAUGUCAGUUUGUGAGCCACGACAGAAUUUUUGAGAACAAAGCCUAUUGUUUUAUUCCUAACAUGACUUAGGGCAGCUACUUUAAAUCUAACUUCAUUGCAACUGCUACACAUAACUUAAAUGGUGACUGGCAUUUUAGCAAACUUUGCAUAAAUCAAUAGCACAAUCGAAUUUGACAAACUUUGUAAUGCAGAAGAAUGCCUCUUUCUUUUCUUAUUAGCCUCCUAAACUUAUUAUUUGUUCUGAAAAACAACUCCAUCCAGAGAGAGGAAAAAGAUUAUUAACUCAGUUUACAUGGGGGAUCAGCUUACAUACUGCCUAAAGAAAUUAAUGCAAAUGGGAGGGUGGAGGAAGAAGGGGGUUGUGGCUGGAGAGAGCCAGUGGCAGACAGAAAGACUGCCAAAAGUCUACAGGAGGUUAUAAUGUAUAUUAGAUUGCAUUAUAGGGCUGGAUUCACAGGUUACACUGUUCAGUACUGCUCUAUAAUGUCCUCCAUGUUGCUGUUGCCUGUUAGGGUGUGCAAUUGAGAUAUAGGGGGUUAGAAUUUCCUCUUUAACGUACUUUCACACUGCUUAAUUCCCACGGAAUUCCGCUUGCACAGAAUUCCAUAGAAUUCUGCGCAGUGAACAGUACCAGCAGUGUGAAUGGGUCUUCCGCGAAACCCGUUCACACUGUGGAAUUUCAUCGGCGGACAAUUCUGCCACUGAAAUUGUUCAGCGCAAAGAAAGA